AUGAAAACGCUGGUGGUCUUGGUUUGUUUUGUCGUCGCUCUAGCAAAUGCUGAAACGAAACGCAAAGCCUACGAUUUACCAGAUGGCGUUAAAUUGCUCUUAGGAAAAGUGGACACUUCGUUUGUUUGUUCGAAUGAUGGUUACUAUGCUGAUGUCGGAAAUAAGUGCAAGAUUUUUCAUGUCUGCGAAACUGUACGUUAUCCUAAUGGACAACAGGAAAUUAAACAAUCGAGCUUCAUGUGUGGCAACCAGACCGUUUUCAACCAGGCGUCGUUCACGUGCGCUUUUCCUGAAGAGUCCAUACUGUGCAAAAAUGCACCAGAUUUUUUCUAUCUAAACAACAAACUUGGCCAAGUAAAUGUUCCAUUCUUAGAUGAAGAUGACAUCCGACGUUCUAAGCCUUUAAUUCCGAGCUUAUCGUUUAAGCCACAGCCCCAAGUAUUUCGUUCUGUCGGAAGAAGGGGAUAG